CCAGCUCUCUCAGUUCUGCCUCACUCCUCUCUCUCUGUCUCUCUCUCUCUCUGCGCCAAUGGCAGAAAGCUUCGUGAUGAUCUUGAGCUCUGAAACAAAUAAAGUGCUCUUCUCUUGAUCGAGGACUAGUACUGGAGUGCCUCUUCUUUGAUCGAUCUCCAAAGAUCGCAUCUUUUUUAAAUCUGUUUCUUGCUUUUUUAUUGGCAUUGCUGAAUCGCCAUGAAGAGGCCCAUUGCAGACGCAGGUUCAUUCAUGGCGAUUUGCUCAACUGUUUUAGCAGAGGAGAACAAUGGCGCUUACUUGGAGGAGGAGGAGGAGGAGCUGGGAGAGACGGCGGAGGAGGUGGGGCUGAGGGAGAAGAAGCGGCGGCUGAGCGCGGAGCAGGUGCGGGCGCUGGAGAAGAGCUUCGAGGUGGAGAACAAGCUGGAGCCGGAGAAGAAGCUGAGGCUGGCGGAGGAGCUCGGCCUUCAGCCAAGGCAAGUGGCGGUGUGGUUCCAGAACCGCCGCGCGCGGUGGAAGACCAAGCAGCUGGAGCGCGACUUCUCCGCCUUGCGCGACGGCUACGACGCGCUCCGCCUCGACUACGACGCGCUCCGCCGCGACAAGGAGGCGCUCGUUGCGCAGAUCGAAGAUCUGAAGGCCAAAUUGGGCGGGGAGGAGAGCGCGAGCUUCGUCGUCUCGUCGGGACCGGUGGCGGUCUCGUCGGAGGAAGACCCCGGCCCGCCGGAGCUCAUCUACAAGGACGCUGGGUCAUCGGACAGCAGCAACUCCAGUGGCAUCCUCAACGGCGAGGGUAAUCUACCGCCGGCAGACACGAACACCGCCGCUGGGCGUGGCGGCGCCACCUCCUCCUUGCCAAUUUCUGCCCCUCAAUUGCCUUUCAAGGGACAAGGAUUCGUACGCCAGAUGCUGAAGCUUGAGGAAGAGAAGGCGGAGGAGGAAUUCUUCGGCCGGGACGACCCAUUCAGCAGCCUCUUCUCCGACGAGCAACCGCUGGCUUUCAACUGGUACUUCUCCGAUCACUGGAAUUGAUUCAGUAACGAUAAUUGUAUCAAUAAUGUUUAAAUUUCGUGUAAUAUUAUGAAAAAAGAAAUUUUGGAGGAGUUUGUGAGAUUGAGAUCUUUCUUCGAAUUUUGGUAAAUAAAAAUUUAUCAAAUUUGAAUUA